AUGGAAAAGGAGCAAACAUUGAGUAAUCUUAAGGCUAAUGUGAAAUGGAUGACUAUAACACUGCUAGAAAAUAUGGGAAUAAAGAGCAUAAGGUCUGCAAAUAUGACUCCACAUCUGCCUAAUCGCUCCAUCAAAGCAUCAACUGACAUUGUUGAAAAUGUGAAUGUCAAGAUAGGCAACUUUGCACACCAAGUAGAUUUUGUGAUACUUGACAUAGAGGAGGACCCUAUUAUUUCUCACUUUCUUGAGGAACCAUUCUUUGAUACACGAAAAGUUAUGGUAGAUAUGUGGAACAAUGAGUUGAAUUUAAAGUUGGAUGGAGACUAUAAAACAAGCGCUUUUGGGAGGAAAAGAGGUACUGAUGCCCCAAAGAAAGGAAUUGGGCCAUAG